UCAAUCGAGGACCAAUGAUGUACCCCAGUUACUUCACGAUGAAUUUGUUACGGUUUCUUUUGGCAUGCUGGUUGAUUUUUAUGCUCGUCGAAGAAGCUGUUUCAUUAAAGGAAGCUGCGUUGCCCCGAUUAGCGGGUGCAACCCCAUUGGCCGUGAUAAAAAAACACGACUCAUCUCUACAACUUGCAAUACCUCACGCACACGAAUCAAAAAUGUAUCUUUCUAGUUACAAUUACGAUGAUUCUGGAAACCCAAGUGGUCCUAAAGAAAAAUUUAUGCUUGGGUGCCCUGCUUAUGAUGAAAAACAAUUACAAGUGGAAAGGAAUUGGAAAACUGGUGUUUUGGCGACGGACCAAACUAAAUUACUCUUUCUGUCCGAGUACAUAAGCCAAGAAGAAUCAUACUGCAGUUCGUCAGAUUUCACACCAUUAAUUAAUAAAGUUGAAGAAAAUAGUGACGAGCACGUAAAACAUUGCAACCAAUUGAACGCAGACGUGUAUGAAAUCGGAUAUUCGGUAUCAAACGACGAGGAAGGAAAAGACAUUCAGUUUUUAUCCACGUAUAAAAUAUGCUAUUCAAAGACCAAAGGUAAAGAAGCUACACUAUACUCAAUUCACCGUAUCGAAUCACCAGAUAUGCUGUUUAUGGAUGUAAUAAGAGAACUUACUGAUUAUCAACCAUUAAUGUCUGUAUACCAUUAUGAAUCAGUUUUGGAUUCCAGUUUAAGCACUAAAGACUCCUUUGAAGGCAUGGUUUACUUUAAAUAUAUGUUUGUUGGACGUGACGAUAUGCCAUUCAGACCAUGGAAGCAGACGACUUUUUUUCUUUUCAAUUAUACCACCAUCACUAGAAACAAAAUUUUAUUCGAGGGCAUGAUACGAGCUGAUUGGUACAUUAGACUAUACAGUUAUAAAAAAAACAAACAGUUGAAUUUGUACUCGGGUACGCAUCAAAAAGUGAUACAAGAUACUCCACCUGUUGAUUCAUUUUGGAGGAUUAUUUUGGAUGAUGCCGGUAACGCCAUUAUUUUAGUAACCCAGCAUACUCGAAAGGAAUGCGGCCAAGAUUAUUUAUGCGGAAAAAAUCAUCAAGUAAAAACAUACAAGGAAGGGGGCUGCAUAUAUACCUGUUCCCUGGACGAGGAUGAUAAUCUACUCGAAGUGCUGGGUUUACCACCGUUGAAGAUUACUGGAGAAUUGGAUUUCACACUUCAAACAGAAGAAACUGCGAAGAUAGUGCUUGCAGAUGGCCAUGGGACAUCGAAUUCAAACCCUUCUCAAACCACUGAUAUUAUCAAAUUCUUGGACAAUGAAAAUUUUAUGAAUGCCCUGUUAAACAUUGAUAAGGAUAUUUUAAGAAAUGCGGGAUUUGAACCUGAAUAAUUUUGAUCAUGAUGCUGGCGAUCAGGACUUCAAAGUACGCUAUAGGUACAUCAAUUUGAUGUUUUCUUUCUAAUACUUUUAUGUAAUUAGUAAGCUGUUAAAUUAACUUUUCAUUUUCGUUUUCAAUCAAUACAUAUAAUAAAUCUGUA